AUGAAGUUUCUUCUCUCUCUAGUGGGAAUUUCCACUUUGAGCAACAUUGGAGCUGCUCAACUUCUUGGCCUUCCUCCUAUCUUCGAUGCAUUUGACCCCAAGUUCGACGACUGGCAGCCUGCAGGCCCCGAUGACUCUCGUGGACCUUGUCCCGGCCUCAAUUCACUUGCCAACCAUGGUUUCUUACCUCACAGCGGCAAAAAUAUUACCGUAAUCGACAUUGUUCGCGGAACCUACUUGGGACUUGGUCUCUCGCCAGAGGCUUCUGUCGCUGUGGGCGUAGCUGAGCUCAUCAAGUCAUACAGACUGGCCGCCUUCGACCUCCAUGAGCUAUCCAACCAUGGAUUUGUCGAGCAUGACUGCAGUUUAUCAAGAGCAGACUUUGGAGAUGGCAAUAACAAUGACUUUAACGAAACAAUCUGGUCGGCAAGAGAUCUAUUUGAUAUUGCCCACAACCCCAACCAACAAUGCGGCGCCCGUUCUAUUGCAGUUGGCGCCUUGGAGAACGGUCUCCUGAUACAGAGUCUUGGGGGUAAACCUCCACUCGAAUGGGUUCGAAGCAUAUUUGAGCAGCAGAGAAUCCCAACCAACCUCGGAUUCCGUCCUGAACCUAUCGUACUAAACAAUCUCGCCGGGAUCACCGCUGUUGGUCUGACAUCACUCGUGUCUCAGCCCAAUUUAACGUAUCUCCUGGGUAAUACAGUCAUUAAAACUCCAGCGGAUCUCUUGGCUGAGGUGUUCCCUGUCAAAGAGUAUGAUUUGACUUACAUUCUGGAGGUUCUUGGCUUGGCGGGCUUUCCUUCCGUUGAUCUAUCUUUUUUGACAGGAGCAUGA